ACCACCGCAUCAGCAUUCUCCCAUCAUUCAUGGCGCGACGAGCCAUCCAUAAAGCGUCGAACAUCUUCCAGCGAGUCUUCCGACGACGUUAUGCGUGCCUCAGCGAAAGACUUGGUGAUAUAAAGCACCCCAUACAGUCAUAUCGAUCGACGUCGACUGAUCCAUACCUCAACUUGUCCAUUGAACAUCAUCUACUGCAAACGUCGCAUCCCGACACGACCAUCCUUUUUCUCUACAUCAACCGGCCAUGCAUUGUCAUCGGUCGAAAUCAGAAUCCUUGGUAUGAAGUCAACCUUGGCAUGUUACAAGAUAGUCGCGCCGGCCAUCCAGAAGAGACGGAUGCGCCAAAUAUCGGUAACGUCGAUCUCGUGAGAAGGCGAUCCGGCGGGGGUACUGUCUUUCAUGACGAAGGGAACGUCAACUGGACAGUGAUAUGUCCCCCAUCAAGCUUCACCCGAGACAGACACGCUGAAAUGGUUGUAAGAGCGCUCCGAAAGCAAGGUAUCGAACGUGCCAGGGUCAAUGAACGUCAUGACAUCGUACUUGACCAAGGAGCAAGGGAGACAUCGAGCGGAUAUCAAUCAGAUCCGUCCGAUCUGCAUACUACGCCUUAUUCGCAUGCCUCUCAAGCAUUUUCUAGGCCGUUGAAAGUCUCAGGAUCAGCGUACAAGCUGACACGGCUGCGGGCGUUGCAUCAUGGCACCUGUUUGCUGCAAUCGCCAAAUUUGCAUGCCAUCCCCCGAUAUCUCCGCUCACCAGUAAAACCAUAUAUCAAGACUCGUGGUGUAGAAAGCGUGAGCUCGCCAGUGACCAAUAUCGGUCUCUCAACGGACAUUUUCGCGGCUAUGGUCCAACAGCAGUUUGCAGAGAUGUACGGCGCAGAUCGACUCGAGCAUGUUCAGAUUGGCAAAGAACAAUUGCAUUUGUCUGACGUGCGGAAGGGCUACGAUGAACUUCGAACACCGGACUGGACAUAUUGCCAAACGCCCCAAUUCACGCUUUCUACAGUUCCAGAGAGUGUAGCCCUUAAUCCGCGCGCUAUGCCCCAUCAAGUUACCGUGUCGGUUAAGCAUGGUACCAUUUUAGAUAUAGAUGUACACUCCAACUCUCAGGAACUUCUCCGUGAGGCAGCUACCAUUCCGCGUGUCAAAUUGACUGAGCUGCGGCAGAAGCUUCAGAUGUCUAAAAGUGCAUCUGGUACCAUUGGACACUGGCUGACAGCUUCUCUUGCGGUAUGAGAGCAGUAGUCAUUGCUUCUUCAUCAGAAUAUAAGUCUUCUUUCCUGCAUUACCAAUGCUACUAUACUCUCGAUGCGUUGUUGUUUCUCCAAUAUUCAAGGCAGGCAUCAUCUUCGUAUGGUUGACCAUGCUUUUGUAGGUGCGGGAGUCUUUUCUCUCGCCAAAUACACUCGAUCGAUACUCAGAAUGAAUGUUUUCUGGCCACAGAGGCCGGGUCGCCUUCACCAUGCGC